AGACGAGAAUGGGGUGAGCCACCGCCAACAGCUGAUGUCAAAGCAGCACUGGCAUCGAAUGCCGUCGAUUCGGCAGCUUCUUGGGUUCCAGCAACCGAUCGUGUGAGUGGAUUGUUUUUGGCAGGAAUGGGCAUGAAUUUUCAAGAUAAAUUGUGCUGGGCGCAUCUUGUAAGAUAG